GACAAGUCUCACCAGAGUUUACCGAUCGUCUUGCAGAGUUGUUGAAGGUUUUGGAUACGCGAUGCGAUCUCCUUGAUGAUUUUAAUAUUAUAAUAUUCGAGCAGACGCCCGGAAUAUUGGAAUUAAAUCCGCCCAGUUUUAGUCACACUCUUCGCAGAAGAUUUCCAAGGCCUUUGAAGUUGACAUGUUCGGCACCCUUGAUAACUUUCUUAAAACCGAUUUGCUUUCCUACACAAGUUGAUUUAGCGGAAGAUUCCACUAGUACAGCCAACAACGCAGUUUCGAGUUUAUGUGUCCACGCGGUUAUCCAAUCUGUCUGGUCACUCAAUCACUAUUUAGAACUAUACGGUUCGCAGAUAACACGUGCACACUUAUCAUUUGAGGGCCUUUCCGAUAUAUGGAUUUUGCGGCUGAUAGGCACCUGUUUCCUUUUGCAAGAAUUGGUUUUAGAAAGAACGUAUGUUGAUGACGACAUCGAGAUCACCGAUGCAACAUUAAAUGAAUUAUGCAUGCUUUCGGAGUUAAAUUCUCUCGCGUUCGUUUCUAAGUGUGGUGUUCCUCUAACAUACCGGUUUUCACUCGCAAGCUGGAGGACAAUGCUGAAUGGCACUCCUAAACUAGAGAAAAUAGAUUUAUCAGGACUCGACCCGUUUUUCAUCUCUAGAGCACUACCUUCGAUUGCCGAGAAUUAUAAAUUUCGACCCUUAUGGUAG